CGCAGCCCCCCCUCCGCUGACAGCGCCACCGGGCCGGGAGCACCGGGAUCAGACACACGUCGCUCUGCGCUCACCGUGCCUCCGGUACAAAAAGGCGAUUUAUUUAUUUAGUUUCAACACAGAGGCACGACACGAGUGAUGGUGGCUGUUUGAAAGGAGACAGAAAGCGAGAAGAUGGCACAGAAAGACACGCUGCUGCAUCUGUUCGCUGGGGGAUGUAGUGGUACGGUGGGAGCCAUCAUGACCUGCCCCCUGGAGGUGUUGAAGACGCGGUUGCAGUCCUCUGGCCUCACCCUCAGACCCGUCUUCCAGGUCCAGCUGGGCACCCUAAGUGGCACUGGGGUUAUCCGACCGGGGCCUGUUACACCGGGGCUGCUGCAGGUCCUGAGAUCAAUUCUAGAAAAAGAGGGACCAAGAUCACUUUUCCGUGGCCUGGGGCCGAACCUUGUUGGUGUCGCCCCCUCGAGGGCCAUUUACUUUGCUGCAUACUCGAAAUCUAAAGAGAUGUUCAAUGGACUGUUUGUCCCUAAUAGUGGAGUGGUGCACAUGUCCUCUGCUGGUGUUGCAGCUUUUGUUACUAACUCUCUGAUGAACCCCAUCUGGAUGGUGAAGACCAGGAUGCAGCUGGAGAAAAAAGCCAGAGGAGAGAAGAAGAUGAAUGCACUGCAGUGUGCCCGCUAUGUUUACAAAACAGAAGGGAUUCGGGGCUUCUACCGAGGCCUGACUGCAUCUUACGCUGGCAUCUCGGAGACGAUGAUCUGCUUCCUGAUCUACGAGACACUGAAGAAAAACCUUGCCAAGAACCAGGAGAAAGGAGCAUCAGACUUCCUGAGUCUGAUGAUGGCAGCUGCUUUUUCAAAGGGUUGUGCGUCUUGUAUAGCCUACCCACACGAGGUCAUUCGGACAAGGCUGCGUGAGGAAGGCAGCAAGUACAAGUAUUUCUUCCAGACAGGGAGGUUAAUAGCGGUGGAGGAAGGCUAUGCAGCUUUUUAUAGAGGACUCAUUCCACAGCUAAUUAGACAAAUCCCUAACACAGCAAUCGUCCUCUCCACAUACGAACUCCUUGUCCAUCUGCUGGGAGACUCCAAGUAAAGAAACGCAUGAAAGUUUGUCAGGAAAAAGGAUUUCCCUGACAAACGAUGGAUGCCACAGAAGACACACUGGGCAAGAGACUUUUUAAAAAUUCAGCACAAACAUUUUUUCAAUGUGGUGCUACAGAGACUUUUAUGGUGGAACUGAAGCAGGUUGUACUGUUAUCCAAAGAGCUAAACACAUUAUUUUAUUCAAAGCUUGUCGUUAGGAGUUUAUCAAAACUACUUAAGAAGUCGUGGUACUUUUAUUAAAACUCCAAACCUGUGAAAAAGGUCAUCUUUUUAGAGGACUAGUGUUAAGUUAACUAAAUUAUUUUAUGUUUUGUUAUUUUAUGACAGUGUUUGUUUUGUUUUAUCAGUGGUAAAUGUACCAACACGCGCGACUCAUUUAGUAAAUGAUGGGGAGUAAUUCAGAUAAAGUGCUAGUAAUAGUGCUGUUCCUCGCAAUGUAAUGGUCACACAGAUCAUUUUGAGAUUUCUGUUUCACAAAUACAACGUGCUGGUUUUGAAUUUUGAAUUACAUAGAGAUUUAUCAUACAUAUAAAUAUAUAUACAGGCUUAUCUGUAUGUUUUCUUUGUUAAAAAAACAGUCACCUUUUGCAUUAUAAUGAGAACUCAGAUGCUUAUUUGACCAGUGGCUCAAUAAAAUGCAUCAAGAAACUACAUCCGUUGGUGGUUGACCCCAAUACUGAAGGUAUUUUGUUUAAUACAAAAAUCAAUUUUUAUGGUAAGCACAUAGCACAUAUUGUAGAGCAGGGUUGUUGCACUUUUAAGAUGUCUCAAUAACAAAUCAGAAUACUAAAGGGACUAGUUGGUCAGUUAAGUUCUGACAUGUAAACAUGUACAUUUGAGAGGGGGAAGAAUCUUCAGUCAGAGCUUUCUUUUAAGGAAUUAAAGUCAAAGCAUCAGAAUAAUCCCUAAAAUGUACUUAAAACACGAGGUAGUGCUUUUAUGCUACGACUGGACGUAAGGUUUGUGUUUUUUAAUUGUUUUCUUCCAUGUAGUGUAAGUUGCUGAGAAUGUGUUACUUUUUUGCAGUAAUACCUGCUUCACCUACGGUCACACAGAAACAAGUCUUUCACAUAUGCCUAUAAGACGUGUUCAGCCCCUUGGACUUUUUCAUGGUUUGUUUUACAACAUUGAGCUGUGGCUCUUAUGAUUUAUAAUCAUAAAAAAAAGAGAAUAUCUGAUGCCAAAGGAAAAGUGUACAUAUUGACCUAAAUUAUAUUUAUAUAAUUUACAGUAAUUGUGAAGUCACCUUUAGCAGCAGUUAGUCUUAAGUCAGUGUGUGUGAUAUUAGUUUUACACAUCCACACUGCAGUUUGUUCCUGUUCUUUGUAUAACUGACCAUGGUCUUUGAAGUUGCAUGGGUACUGUGACUCAACUCAAGUCCUACCACCAAUUAUGGGUCGAAUUGAGGUUUAGACUUCAAUUUGGCCACUUUCAAGACUUCAAGAACAUUGUUGUUUUGGAGCCUCUGUGGCGUGCAUGGAAAAUAAAUCUUCUGCCAAGUCGCAGUUAUCUUCCA